UCACUGCAUCUGGAGAAUUACUUACGACAAUGACAUCAUUACAUCAUUGAUUACAGGGUCCACCCAUUCGUUAUCUCCAAUCGCGAGGGUUACAGUUAGUUUGGGAACGAGACACACACCGCGAUCGCGUGCUCUUCGUGACGUUACACCCUACUAUUUCCUAAUUGAUGCGCCGCACGCGGUAUGGAUGGCGAGUCUACAGCAGCAGUAACUGCUGUAGGAGAUGGAGGAGGUGGAGACGGAGGGAGAGGAGAGGCGGGGAUGAGUCAGGAGGUGAUGGAGGAGGAGAGGAAACACUUGAAGCAGAUAGCCAACUCCUUCCUCCACUACAAACCUUAUGUGAUGAGACGUGUGGAGAGACUGCAGAGAGAUUACUCCUCCCUUCCCUCCGCCCACAGAGACAUGCUCCCUCUUUAUCCCUCACUCCUCCUCUCUGGUAUAUGCUCAUUAUGGAGGCAGUGGAGAGGAACCAGCGAUUUUGUGCAGACGAUAGUCUCCUGUGCAGCUGGCAUGUUUGAAAACUCUAAUUUCGAGAGGGAUGGAGGAGAGGGUGUGGCUCCAGCUCUGGACUUCCACGUGGAGAAAGUCAAGACAACCAUCAAACAGUUCUACAGAGACUGGAGUUCAGAGGGAGCAGCAGAGAGGGACAUGUGCUAUAAACCAAUUAUUGAUGACAUCAUCCGUUUGUUCCCUCCAGACAAGAUUCCCAGUGGAGAGGUAUCAAUCCUGGUCCCAGGGGCAGGACUAGGUCGACUGGCCUAUGAAAUUGCCAGGAGAGGCUACAGCUGUCAGGGAAAUGAGUUCAGUAUGCACAUGCUCUUCGGGUCGCACUUCAUUCUCAACUGUGUCUCCCAGCCAUCCAGCCACACCAUCCAUCCGUGGGUGACCCAGUUCUCCAACAUGAUGUCAUACGAAGACCAGACUGCACCAGUAGCCGUACCUGACGUGAACCCCAGGGCUCUUCCUCAGUUGGGACUCUUCUCCAUGACAGCCGGAGAUUUCCUCGAUGUCUACAGGACUCCAGAUUCGUGGGAUUGCGUGGCGUGUUCGUUUUUCAUAGACACGGCCCACAACAUCAUCCAGUAUCUGGAGAGCAUCUACCACAUCCUCAGACCCGGUGGAUACUGGAUUAACAUGGGACCCCUCCUCUAUCACUAUGCCGACAUACCAGGGGAGUUCUCUCUGGAACUGAGUUGGGACGACGUCUUGAGAAUUGCAAGAGACGAAAUAGGAUUUGAUAUUCUGGUUACAUGCAGUUUCCUCCUGGACACUGGUCAACACAACAACAGGUCCAUGUGUGCUACCAAGCAUGAAUACAGGAGAGGAGAGGUGUUCCCGGUCCCUCAUACAGACCCCCGCAUCCUGAUUCAGAUGACUACAAACGUGUAUGUACCGCAGUUGCCAGGAAACCGAGAGACGCCACACCCAUUGAGCACUCGGUGUGUAAAUAGUGAGCGUGCACAUCAGAAUACGCCACACCCCCUGCCCCAUGGCCGCUAUAACAUUACGCAGUUCGCAGAGUCCAAAUUCUCUACUCUU